GUCAUCGAUGGGGAGGGGAGACACGCAAAGCCCCCAAAAUAAAAUAUAAACUAACGCUGCGUUCGAAAACAGAAUAAUAAGGAGGGAGUUGGAAUGUUCGACGCUGAGCACCGGAACAUGUGUGAGCACACUGGCAGGGGUAUUAAAGCAAUCUGAAAGAAAGGUGAUAUUCUAAAAAUAACAAAUACAGCAAGUUCCGGGGUAGGUGAGCGUCAUUUAGGGGCAGAAAGUGGUAGGUAGAUGGUUGGGUAAGUAGAAACGAAAGUAAAUGCAGAUCUGCAGCAGGUAGUGUGCAACAGGGUGUGGGCUAGCCAGAGGAGGAGCAGGUCAGGAACUGGACCAAAACAAGGAAGGAGGACACAGAGGGCACAACCUGGGGAACUUCAAACAGAGACUCCUAUCUGGGCACCAGGGGGAGUACAAGACGACUGCUGUAAAAGAUACUUCUGCUUUCCAGAUAUAAACAGUCUGCAGGCUAGGGGGCAGAGCCGAUGUCCCUUCCCUCCCAGUGCACUGAACCUGGGGACAUUUGUUGCUGGCAGCCAUGCCCGGGUCUAUGAGGGAGCAUGCGGCCGGAGAAGACACUAGGCGCAGCGUGGACGAGUUUGCCGUACCGGAGGGCUGUGAGAGGGAAUUGCGAGACCAGCAACCUCACGUGGAGAGGUUAUUCGGAGUCACCCUGAAUAUUGUAGGGGUCCUCAGCCAGGCGGCAUUCCCUCUGCAGGCUGGAGGAUGUCAACAAAUGUGGCUUCAACUCCAAGGAGACGAGAGAAAUGUAAAGAAGGCAAAGGUGAGAUAUCGGGGUGUUUGGGAGACAGGCCUGAUGUAAGAAAGGCCGUGUUUACAUCAAGUUAAACGAUGUGUAUCUGGAGUGUAAUCACCGAGCGCCCUAUUAGACCGUGUACACCAUGCAUAGAAUCCCCAGAACACUUUGCUUAAUUGUGUACAUCCUAUAUACAUAAUCCACGGCCAAUCCAUUACACUAUGUACAUCAUGCACACUGGGAAUGAAUUGGAGUUUGCUGUUUCUAUUUAUGUACCAUUCUUGGUUUAUCUGGUUCAGUCUUACACAUCUAUCUUGCACAUAAUACAGAACACUUCAUUAAAACGUGAAUCUAGUCCCAUAAUUUAAUUCCAAAUCCUCUUUAUUAGACUGUGUAUGAGGCCAACCUAUUAAACCGUAUAUGUGUGUGUAUACAUAAAUGUAUGCUAGCACUCGAGGUCUUCAAAAAAAUCAAUAUGCUUUAUUCAAACAUAAAUCCAAAAAACAAUGGUCGACAUUUCAGUUUAUCUAUGUUCAUAAAUUUGACGUACAUUGGGACCUUUAUUUUUAAGUGUUGCUCUGCACCUGGGCAGAACUUUUCGUGUAAAGGAGUUGGAGUGCAAGACUGCUUCAAAAGGGGUGUGUGUUUAUAUAUAUAUAUAUAUAUAUAUAUAUAUACAUACACACCCUAUAAUAAAUGAACAAUCCAAGCAACGUAAGCAGAGUGAUCUUAGACAAUGAGCUAUGUCUUGCACCACAGGGUUAGAUUGGUGCUUCUGCUUCUAGCUCUUCAAGAGGGUUUGACCGGCGCCCAACAGAACCCAGGUAAGUUGUCAAACCAUUUGCUUGACUACUUAUUCAGGACAUUCCUGUUUAUGGAGCUUGGAGUGUUAAUUUCAAAUUAUAUAUACACUCACUUCAUCUUGUUACUAGACUUUUCAUUCGUAUUAACUGUGUGCAUAAACACAUGAACCUAAAGGGAUGUAUAAUUUCAGAAGUAAUUGUAGAUUAUGCUAGCUUUAGUCUACCUAUGAUUUUAUUAAUGACAGGAGGUGAGUAUUUGCUUAAGUCUCUCUUUACUAGAACUCCACAGCAGCACAGAAAAACAACCAAUCAGAAAAAAGUUAGGUACUAUAAAACUCCCCUUCCCACACAUCAUUUCCUCUUUCAAGCUGCAACAAGACAGAACAAAAUACAGAAAAUAUAAUGGGGAAGAAACAAAGUCCUAGAUAUAAUGAAAACGACCACGUCCACCAUCCGAGAAGAGCUGUCGAACCAGAUAGUGUUGAUGGACUGUAAACUGAAACUGAGUCGAACAGGUUGGUUAGCCAAUGAAAUGUACUUUGUACAAGCAUGUAGGUACCCAAUGCAAUCACCCAAAUUUUACCGUAACCUGCAUAGAUCCCAACUCUACUUAUGAAAAACAGACAUAAGAACAAGUGACAGGUAGCAGAGACAACAAGCAGAGUUGCAUACAUACCUGAUGGACUCAAACUAUUAAAAUUAAACAAGGGAGGGAUAAGAACGGGUGGGAAAUACUCGCCUCCUGUCAUUAAUAAAAUUAAGAUUAUAGGUACACUAAAGCUAACAUAAUCUACAAUUUUAUAACAUGACAGGAGGCUUCGUAUUUGCUGUUUUAACGCUCAGUCAACAAAUCCAAUGCUGUUUGUUUCACUGGUACCUAUUCCUGGAGAUAUCAGAGCAAUCCUGAAUGGACUUUCCAACUGCGAUAAAUGGCAGUAGACGGAUCGAUGAAGAUGCCAGCUGAUGAAGCAUCCCAAAUACGGGAAAAAACACCAUCCGCUGGUAGAUCCAUUGUACGUGGGAUUGCGACCUGUUUCCUAGUAGCCGGUCCAUGAGCUGCCAAGCUGACCUGUAGUUGUAAAAUGUCGAAGGUCAUUUGCGGACUUAGGGCCGCGAGAAGAAACUGCCACCAUGUUUCGACUCUUGAUAUGUAAGGUGGCUCCUCCGAUCUUGCCAGGGACAUCUGGCUAUGUGUCCUUGCAGGUAGAUCUCCAAUUCCAAGAAAUGCUCCAAAGUCCAUCAUCAAUUCUGUAAUAUAACCGAGUAGGAUCUUCCAUUCCCUCAUGGCCUACCCAGUGAGAUGUCUCAUGCGAGAAUACGUUUAUUAUGCCGGCAAGAGUGUGGUCAAACUAGCUGUAUCCUAAGUGAUUCCAUUUUUCCAGAUGGACUGUGUAAUCCUCCGCUGCGGUAGAGAAAGGACUCCAAAAGAACGUCCAAUCAGGGUACCAAACUGAACUUGUGUGGUGGAGCGGUGGUCGACUAUUCUGGGAAUAGUGAGUCCUGGAAAUAUUCAAAGGGAUGGGGAAUGUAAACCGGAGUUAAGAUUUCCAUCCAGAUAUGUCAUCACCUGAGAGCGAUAAGAUGUACGGAUCCAAUGGUGAUUAGGACCAGUAUAACAAGUAGUGAGAGAGUGAAAUAAUACGAUUACCUGUAGUACGAUCCUGUUCCAUACCCGACCUGUCAAAACCCAUGUAGGGGUUCCUGGUGUACACUCCACCUACAAGAUAGGGGUAUAAUAUAGUGAGACCCCAGGUCCCCGUACCUAUGACGGUUCGGGCACUUAUCUCCCAGAGUAGGCCCUAGGUCAAGGGACCCAGAAAUGUGAGUUCGAUAACCGAAGUCAAAGUCUCCCUAUAGAGGGAUACCUCCCUUCUUAGCUUGGAGUCCUGCGAACACAUAGCGUUCUCCAAUACGCAGGCAAGGUGUAAAGUCGCUUCGCUCACAACAGGUGACUCCAGAGAGCAGAUAUGAUGGAAAAAACAAGGGUCUAGCUUCAACCGUCCGAAUCAUGUGCUGUCCCAUUUGAGAAUGUCGGCAGCCCUAUCGGAGUCUGCUACACAUCCUGAGCCAUACUCCAGCGGUAGGUUGCGACCCGACUUUGACGUCUGUGAAGGAGUCGGGGCACACCGGGUACCUCCAUAGAGUCUCGUAGGUCCCCUUGAUGGUAGUUGAAAAAUGGGUUAGCGAGAACCCAAACCAAGACGGCUCCCGUGAGGGAUAUAGAGUAUAUACGGAGGGCCCUCCAUAUCCGAACCAUGUUCUCCAGAUAUGUGUUCAGAGGGGUAGGAGCAUUCCUGUCAUCUUAUCCUAAGAUUGUAACGACCAGGGAACUCAAGUCAACCAGGGUUUCCGGUCUUUCCAUGCGUACGGUGUGCCUGCAGACCGGUUAGUGGGUCUUCCCUAGUCUUGUUACCCGAGCAAGGCAGUGCCCAUUUGCUCUAGGAAGGUCUCAGUAUCUCAUGUCAUCUUGAUAUGGGAAAAACUGUCUGCGCAGUUUGUUCGCACUGAUCCAGAUAUCUAAAACAUGCAAUUGCCUGUUUUAUAUAGUGCAGAGUAUACAAAAAUCUGCACUCUUGUAAUACCUGAGGCUCAUCCGAUAGCCGUACCGUCCCCAGGAGUGUGUGUAAAUAAGCGUGAGUCUCCCCCGUUAUACCUCUGAGUAUUACUCAUGUGGUACAGUGGCCCGGAUCCAGUAGAUUCAUUACAGGAGGUGCAAAGGAGGGAUCCAGUCUAAAUAUAUAUAUCCUGCAUGAUCAGGCAGCCCUCUAUAAUGUACACCACCGGGGGCGCCACAAUCACACACGUGUAGUUAUAUUUACCAAAUGGUAGACACAAAUCAUCAUGUAAAGAGAUAAAAAUAGAACAGUAUAUAGUGAAGUAUUUAAUGAUACAGAUACAAAUGAUAAAAAGAUUUAAAAAAAGGCACUCACAAGAGUAUUGGCACAAUAAGGACAUACGUCUAAAUUGUGCUAUAAGAGCUUGUCAGCCCCUUCCUGGGCUAAAUACCCCUUUGCACAGUGGAUCCGAUUCUCCAGAGUCAAUGGUGGUCAGUCUAUAUGUAGCUGAAGUCCAAGUCUGUAGUAUGGUCCAAUACAAAUCUGUGGGGGUGCUGGCAAGCUUCAACCUGCUCGACGCGUUUCGUCUCACCAACUUUUUCAAGAGCUCUAUAUAUGGUAUAUGUUUUUUAAACUAUACUAAUUUGUUGGCUUGUAUUGUUUGGGAUUGGGAGUGAUCCCUGAAUUGGAGUGGCUAGCCUGCACGAUUUUAAGCACUUUUGUUCCCACUUACUGUUCUCAUUUUUAUAGCCCUCUAUAAUGAAAUCGGUAGCACGGUCGUUAGAUCUAAUUGAAUGCAGGAGGGACGCCCCUCUAUGCAGUCAUCGUUGUCCUGUACUGGUACAAGCCCGUGAGACGAACAAAUGGAUGGCACCGUAGUGCGUUGAGUGGACGAGAGAGCCGUGCUCUCUAAUAAUGUGACCGAACUCCGUGUCAGUGUCCGGCUGAUAGUCUGAGCGGGCCGCACCCAUUAAUAGCCAAAGUCCACCUCCGUGACCGGUUCUCUCCACGGGAAUUUGUCACUCAAAACAUGUCCUCUGUAUCCAGCUCAGUAUUGCACCCUCUAAUAACAGAUCAUUGUCCGGUUCUGUAUGUUAGAGGGGUUCGCUCUCUGUUCGUGAAAAUAAAAUAUCAUUCACGGAUCGAGGUGACGGAGGGCCGCACCCUCUUGUAAUCCCAAUUAGAGUCCCUUAGAGACUCAGGAUGACCAACUGCAGGGGUACACCAUUUACUAAUACCAGCAUAAGACGGAGAUCCUGAGGUGGGUCUCUCUCAGACCGACGGCAGAUGGAAUAGUAUACAACCUCGGGCCGUGUCCAUCCUUAAAAACUGAAAGGGAUGGCGCGAAAGUGCCACUGACUGUCCGGAUCCCGUGUGCGUGCAUGCGGGGUCCAGGAUGACCGUCGGUAGCCUGAGGAAAGCUGGAGACGUUCUCCGCAAUCUGCGAGGUCGGAGGAGGUCAAGUCAGGCCUCUCGACGACCCGAGUGAUAGGACAAUUGGAAGGCUCGACAACCAAGAAAUUACAAUCAAUGUAGAUAACGGUAAAUACGUACCUCGGAGAGAAGGUAAAUAGCAGAUUGGACCAGCAAGUCAAGUAAACCCAACUGAAAGGGUAAACAUGAUGUAGGACCAACUACCAAUACCUAAGAUGGAUACCGUAAAGGCAGCUAAAGGGUUAGUUGCGAAAAGUAAGGAAACUGUGUUCCCCUGUUGGCGUCCGAGCACUGGUCCCUGCAUGUGCGAAGUUCUCCUUGUAGAUGUUCCACCGCUGGACUGGCGUAAACCGUGGUUGCGUGUCCGGGAAUCUUCAUAAAAUCUUUGCCCCUUUGGACAUGAGGUUUAUGGCCUUCACCCUUCCAAUCAUACUUAGGUGCUCGUAUACUGGUAUAUUGGACUGGUAUGGCAGCAGAGCUUGCCUGGACACCUAUCACCAUGUCAAUAGUGGGUGCUGAGCUCCCCUCAGUGCUAUUCCCCCAGGCCUGCAGCCAAAUGGGGUUCAGGCACAGACAGAGCAGGCCAGUGGGGCACAGAGGUAGCAGGCCAAUCAUGGGGCACAGAGGUAGCAGGCCAAUCUAUGGGGCACAGAGGUAGCAGGCCAAUCUAUGGGGCACAGAGGUAGCAGGCCAAUCUAUGGGGCACAGAGGUAGCAGGCCAAUCUAUGGGGCACAGAGGUAGCAGGCCAAUCUAUGGGGCACAGAGGUAGCAGGCCAAUCUAUGGGGCACAGAGGUAGCAGGCCAAUCUAUGGGACACAGAGGUAGCAGGCCAAUCUAUGGGACACAGAGGUAGCAGGCCAAUCUAUGGGACACAGAGGUAGCAGGCCAAUCUAUGGGACACAGAGGUAGCAGGCCAAUCUAUGGGGCUCAGAGGUAGCAGGCCAAUCUAUGGGGCUCAGAGGUAGCAGGCCAAUCAAUGUAGCACAGACGUAGCAGGCCAAUCAAUGGGGCACAGACAUAGCAGGCCAAUCAAAGGGGCACAGACAGAGCAGGCCAAUCCUGGGUUGCGUCUUAACGAAUGAGAAGGGACCCCUGUGUUUGGGUAGAGUCCCCCAAACAUCUGUAAAUCUUCAGGGUACCCUGUGACAUAGGACCCCUAGACGCCAACCCUUUUUGACAGUGCAAUACAGUGUCAAUAAACCUGAACUGGGAGUAGCAUUCCCUAAAUGCCCAGCAGGCAAAAUAGUGGUAUUCCAGCUGUAACGGAUAUAGGCUGAAAAUGUUCCAGUGAUUAUAGUGUCCAUAAAAUCAUGAUGUACAGUGUGAUAAAUGUGUUAUGUUAUAACUUUGGUAAUGCACAUGAAGCUGCCGACCUAUUUGAGAUCCCUUCAAAAUCCCUUCAUCAAUAUACCAUCUGAAUAGAAUUAGUGUCAGCAUGGACUGGUCUCUCAUCCCAGUUUGAGCCAGUCAGGUCUGCUUAGAUUUUUAUAUUUACAUAAUUGUGCAAUAUAAAAGCUUCACGUGUCCUAUGCAUCAUAUCAAAUCCAACAAAGAAUAUGGGCGCACUUGAUCCACAUGUUCCUCUAGUAAGCGUGUAAAUACACAGCAGGGACUUUGUGACUGCAAUGCUUGGACUCUUGCUGUACAGGGGAUUCGAACCCUUGGAGGAAGAUUCCAAGUGCAAGUCUGUAACCAGUGUGCUUACUCUUGAUCUAAUAGGAGGUAGAUAAUGUGAGGAGAGUUAUUGGCUGCAGGGCAUAGCCAUGUUAUCAGUUCAGCCCACAACGAUCCCUUACUGGCCACAUGUACAGCGAAAACCCUAUCAAUGACUAGUAAGUUGUUGAUGAGAUUUGGAGUGAGCUACCUGACUUCUGGCUCUGUAUGCAUCAUGUUACAGAGCCAGACCCCAGCAGGGAAGCGUGGUUGGAGGAGGGCCCGCAAGUGGAUACACGUGGUUUUUGGAAGGAGCCGCGCGGUGAGGUAGCCACUUGUGUGAGCGGUCUGGCCUCCGGGUACUCGCGUCCGACCGUGAGAUACCCCGGGAGCCUGCAGGCUCACACUGGAGCUUGGGGCAUCAGAGGAGGCAGCAAAAAGACUGAAACCCCGAGCGAAGCGCCUACAGCCUGCGGGGGAGGGUUAACAGCAGAGUGUUAGAGAGUGGGGUGAUGGGGAGGGUGAAAUACAAAGGGGCUAAGCUGAAGGGUAUCCCCAGUAAACCCCCCAUAAAACCACCACAGUUCUAAAAAAUAUAAAUAAUAAAUAAGUCAUACUAAAUCCCAAUGCCCCCAACUAAUAUUAGCAGGAGGCAGUGGUACUCUGACCUGUACUGAUGUGGAGCAGCAAAGAUUUUCUGAUUGGUUGUUUUUCUGUGCUGCUGUGGAGUUCUAGUAAAGAGCGACUUAAGCAAAUACGAAGCCUCCUGUCAUGUUAUAAAAUUCAAAGUUAAGCAGAUUUGUGAAAACUAUGCAGGAAAACUACAUAAAUAUUUGCCAAUUUAAAAUGGCAGCAUGUGUACAUAUUUGUAAAUAUUUGUGACUUAUUUUAACCCAAACCCCUGGUACAAGGGAAUAUUCAUUGUUCUAUGGGAAAGGUUGUCGAGUAGCUGAUUAGUAAUUGUACAUAUUUAGUUGGAGUCGUGGACAUUCAUAAAAUUAGACUUCAUAAAGAACCAAACCUAAGACUUCAUAUUUGGCUAAGCAGGUAUUAGAAUAAUAUGUAAUAGAGCUUUACUAAUGCCUUUUCUGUAAUGGUGUAUUUUAUUUACUGUUUAUUUAAAUGUUUAAGGUUUAACUUACAUAGUUGUUCAGUACCUUAUUGUCAAUUAAGUAGUGGGAUUUGAAAGAGAAUCUAUAUUUAAGAUAUAACUUUUUUUUCAAUUUAGGACUAUAUUAAAGGGCUAUGCACUCCGGAGAUAAUAGAAGACAUCAACUACCCGCGGGAUAUGUAUUGUAUCUUUGUUGGAGCCAAAGGUAUCUUUCUUGACUGUUUAAUUCGAGCAACAUCAGCAUGUGUAAAAUCUUUAACUCCUGGACGUAUUAGGAUAUCUGGCUUAAUUGAAGGAGUAGUGAUGGGCCAGAGCAGAGUCCAUGCGUUUUUUGAAAGCUAUCCAUCCAACUCCACCCCCGAGGACAAAGAAGCCCAGUUUAAACGGAAUUUUAAGGAUCUCGUUGAGGAAUAUAGUGAUAAUUAUGCAUUAGAUCUUCUUAUUCUCCCAACUUCAGUUAAGCAACAGCUACUUGAUCUAGUACAUGAAGACAGUCUCAAUGGAAUAUUGCAGAAAAAAGUAACUGAGGUAAAGCCACAGCAUGGAUAUUAUGACACCCAAUCAAACAUAGUUGAGGAAUUUGAUCCUUUCUAUAAUGCACAGUUCCAUAAACCUCAGAAGAGUGAACAUGGUCCAAAAUCAUAUAAUACGGCGAGAACAGAAGCAAAACCUAAGUGUGUUUUACAUCAGAGAGCUUGUGAGCCUCGUCCAUAUGUUGAAGUAAAUGAUAAGUGGGAUUUAAGUAAACAAGAAACUAAUCCAAAUGGAAUGUUUACCAAGAAAAAAACAACAAUUGAGAUGACUGAAGACUUUGGAGACUAUCCUGAAAACAAAAAGUUUGAUGAAAGUGAAAUAAUUGGGUCUGAUAAUGAAGAGUUUGAGCAAAUUUCUGGAUUGCUGGAUACCAUUAUGGGAAGGGAUGAAGGAGAUCAAAUGUCCCAAGGCAGCUUUUCAUUAGACACUCAGGAAGAAUUCAACAUGCUUUUGGAUUUCUUCAAAACUAUGGGAUAUCAAGAAGCUAUUGUUCUAAAGGUACUGUCAGAGAAUGGAAUACAGGAACCCUCUAAGAUAUUGGACAAGGUUAAACUUGAGCAGUGUAUCAGCAGUCAGAUGAAAGAAAUGCCAGAUACCCAACCUCUACAAUUGAAUACCUCCUCAAGUAAUGAUGAGGAUAAUUAUCUUCUGGGUGUAGUGAAAUCAGCUGCUAAGAAUUGUGGAUACUCUCCAAGUGAAAUUGUGGAUAUAGGCGAUGGUUCUGUAGCAGGCCUGCUUAGGAAACUUAAUGAAAAAAACAUUUUUGAUGAUGACAGAAGCUCAUCUCCUGUUCAGAGACCAGUAAAUCUAGAGCCUAAGCAGUUGUUUGAAGGAGUUUCUAGUGUGCAACCAAGGACAAAUCCAAACAUUUCUCAGCCAGAAAUGGUGAUGUCAGACUUAUUAGCACAAAAGACAGUGCUCGAAAACCAUCCAGUGGAGGACCUAUUUCCUGGAGUUGUCCAUCAGGAUGUUGGAGAAAGGGAUGGAGCCAAAAAGAUGCCUAGCAAGGAAGAGCAAAGUGUCCCUGUGGUGACUGGAGCCCAGAGAUUUAAUGAAACCAUACAGAAUCCAUUCCAACUUAAUUUAAGAAAUGAAAAGGGGAAUGAUCAACUGAGACAUAUUAUAAUAGAUGGCAGUAAUGUGGCCAUGAUGUGAGUAAGAAGGGAAGAUUGUAAAAUCCUUAAUACGUGGACUUUGGGGGUUGUCAUAUCCUGCAAUAUCUAAUUACAGCAAAUUAAAUCUGCACAUUUUUUCUUAAACCAUGAGUGUAACAUAAAGCUUAUAUUUUCUGAUUCAGAACUAAUUUAAAAGGCAUACACAAUAUUUGUGUAUCAUUAAACUGACACAUUUUUAUGAAUCAGAAAUGUAGGCCUGUGUCACAAUCAUUUUACUCAUAAAGCAACACCCUAUUGAAUUAAAAAAAAGAAGCUAUUUAGCAGAUAUACCACAAAUAACAGUUAUGCAUUUUUUCUGCAUGUUUACUUUGGGAGUAUGUGAAAAAAAUAUUAUUUUGCACGAGCUGCAGACCUGUUGUGUGCAAUCUUUGCAAGCCUUCUCUAUCCCCAGGUAAUACACUAAUACUCUAUUAUUAAUAAUUCUCUGUGCUGAAAACAGCAGUUUUUCGAUGCUUUUCAAUGUGCAGUGGUACAGGUCAUUCAGAAGCUGGCAAGUUAGGCAUGUCCUAGCUUAGUGUGCCUGCCACUUCAAUUAAAAACUUUUCUGCAUCCAAAUAUAAAAAUACCAAUUUCUAUGGAAAUCAGCCUUUUUAUAAAAUGUCAGAAAUAUGACAGACUCCACAUACAUUAUGCACUUCAGCAAGUUGAAAUGCUUUGUGUCUGGAGUGUUCCUUUUAAAGGAACACUACAGGGUCAGGAACACAAACAUGUAUUCCUGACCUUAGUGUUAAAAACACCAUCUAGCCCCCUAGCUUCCUCUUGCCCCCUAAAUAUAGUAAAAACCUUACCUUUAUUCCAGUCUGCUACUGCUGGCUUUUCUCCUGAUCUGCCUGCUUGCCUAACAUCAUCAGAAGUGGUGAUGUGAUCAAAUCACAAUGCUUUCAUUUGGAAAAACAAUAUGUUGUAGUUGUUCUGGUGACUAUAGUAUCCCUUUAACAUUGCUCUGUCACCUUCUGGGGUAUUUGCAUAUUUUGCAAAGAUACCCGAUGGUGACAUCGCAUGAAUGGCGUGCAGGAGAAGAUAGGUUUUACUAACCUGAAUCUGUUCCCCAUGGGCGCUGCCAUCUCCAUCGGGAGGUCCCUCUUCAGCUCCUGUGGGAGUUCUUAUUGAAGUAAUGGAAUACAUAUCACAUUGGUUCAUGCCAGGUAUUUGUAGAAAUCAUUGGGAAAUCUCUGUGUGAUCUGGGUGAUCUCAGCAGUGUACUAGUCAUUCACAUCCCAUAGGCAGUAUAUUAAAUACAUUCAGUAGAAGGUACAAGACCCUAGGCUUGGCUUCCAGAACUGCCUGACAUUUUUGACACAUGGGCUUGACAGGUUACCUUAAUUAUUCCAUAGGGAUCCUAGCAAUAACAUUACAUACUACUUGAAGAUUUUCAGCUGCAUGUGUAUUCUGCAAGAAUUCUCUCCUGUCUUAUUUUAGAGGAAUGAGCAACAGUCUUUUAAAUAUACAAAACUUGAAAAAAAGAGUGCUUUUCUUACAAAACCCAAAGUAACAUAGUACCACUCAAUGGUUCCUGUCACUUUAGGAGUUUUCACAAAAAAGGAGAAAACGUGCCGAUAAUCACAAGAAGGCUAAUUCAAUAUGUAAUAGAGGUAACACACUUACUUAGAAAAAGAGUUUUUAAAUUUAGCUCCAUACAUCUAAAAGCUACAUGUCUCUCAUAAUGUGACACCACCCUUUAUUUUCAGUAAUUAAGACAGCCGUAUUGUCAAACUUGUUUUUUCUUUGUUGGUAUCAACGUUUAAAAAAAAAAAAAAAAAAAGGAUUGUAAAGCGCCACUGUCACUGAAAUUCCGACCCAGUCAAGAAAUACACUUAGACAAAGUAGGGACAUGACACUUCUAGACACAGGAGCUACGGACGUCUAGAAGUAUUAAUCCCCCCGCCCGGCCAUCACUGGCUGCAGGGAAUUGGCUUUCUCUAUGGAGAAUGCCGUAUCUCAUAGGUGUUCUCUAUGGACUUCAAUGCUGUACUCUCGCUGAAGAGGACCUGGCAGAAAAAGAUGGCACUGCCCAUAGGGGACAGGCUCAGGUAAGUAGAACUCACUUUUACCUGCGAUGAUGUUACAGUUGGGAGUCUUUGCAAGGUCCCCACACGGUGACAGUGCUGUUUUAAACAUAAAAGCAAAUAUAGCAGCUAAUGUAAAUCCUGGUGAGACAACAGCAUAUGUUAAAUCAGUCCACUCACAGGUAUACAGAAAGGCAAGAACAUCUCUUGUGAUUCACAUGGAAUCCCUGGCAUUACGCAUUUCACCUCCCGAUUGAGCUUUCGCAGACAUCUAGACGUCUGAGGAAUACAAACACGCUGCUGACUCAGAGCAGGUGUGAAAGAUCUUUAGUAUGUGAAUAGAAGUUCAACAUGGGGUUUUUAGGCGAGAAAACUUACCAGGAAAGGUUAAGGCUUGGAGGGCAGACGAGAGGAGGGAUAUGAUUCAAAUUCAAUUUGGGAAUCAACACAGUAAUGGAGGCGAGUAUAUUUAUAAGAAGAAAAACUACCACAACAAGAGGAUGUAAAUCUUUAAUUAGAGGGGCAAAGGUUUAAAAAUAAUAUCAGAAAGUAUUACUUUACUGAGAGUGUAGUGGAUGCAUGGAAUAGCCUUCCAGCUGAAGUAGUAGAGGUUAACACAGUGAAGGAGCAUUAAUGGGAUAAGCAUAAUCCUCGAUAUGAGAUAAGGCAAGGGAGUAAUGAAAGUAUUUUUAAAAAAUGGGCAGAUUAGAUGGACCGAACAGUUCUUAUCUGCCGUCACAUUCUGUGUUUCUAUGUGAUGUUAUUGCGUCAGCAAGGACUGAAAUCCCUAUGGAAUAUUUUGGUAACCUGUCAAGCCCACCUUGUACUGAAUGUAUCAAUAUCACAUUUUCUUUUGGUGUAACAUUAAGGGUGAGAUUCACAAGUGUGAAGCAGUUUAGGAAUUGUUAUUUGAAAUAUUUUAGUGCCAUUAUAUAAAUUUUUUAUUUUUCUAUUGUGCAAUUACUCUUUUAAAUAUGAUGAAUAUUUCAAAGCAUUCCAUACAUGGCAGGGAUGGGAAAUGUUGGGCGCCGGGCAAGACUAUUUUAUUCCCCCUUUAGCCCCACCACAGGCAAGCAGCAGGACUGACACAGGGUAGGCCAGGGAGCAUGUGGUUUGAGCCUCCAUCUGUUGCAGUCACUCAUGAGCACUGGAAUGGGAAGGUUUGCACCUGAUGGAGAUGUAAGCUACAGGCUCCCACAAAAAGUGUGUCUGGGCUGCGCUACUUUCCCACGGGGCAGUAUUCCUCUUAUUUCUCUUACUCCUGUCAGCUCAGUGGAGCGGCAUCGGGCCCAGCAGCAGCAUUCCAAUCUGCUUGCUGCUGAGCUUCCCUCCUGUUCUUGGCUCACUCCCUCGCUGUAGAAAAAUGCAAAGUCCUCAAGCUGUAGUUUUAUCCCUUGCUGGACUACCAGAGAUUUUUAAAACCCAUGCUGGACUACAAGAUAUAGCCCACCCCUAGACCACUAGUGAUAAUAGACUACACCACUUCCUGCAAGAAAGCAAGCUGCAGGGGAAGGGGCAAAACAAUAUUAUUACCCACAUUAUACACAGCCUAUGCCCCCACAUUACACAAAGCCAACAAACCCAACCACACGUUACACACAGCCAGCGGACACCGCACACACUUAUUACACAAAGCACACACAUACUAAACACAGCCUGCGCGCACACACAGACACCAGACACACUAUGAACACAUUACUAGUAAGGACAUAGGGGGAGAUGCUCUAGAUAAGGACCCCAGUAUUUCUAAUUAAACUUAUUUUGUGGGUCAGGACAAGUAACUUGUCAAGAAGGACAAGAUAAUUGGGUUACCACUUGAGUGGAUAAGUAGAUUUUUUUUUUUUUUUUAAUUUCCACAUCCCUGCCUGAUAUUCACAUUUUCAAAUAUUCAAACCCUGAGGCACUAUAAAGGGAUAUUGGAACAGAUAUUCUAAUAUAACAGCAUUUGAACAGGCACAAGAUGGUGUGUGAUUUGCCAUUUCUUAUUGGACCUACACAUUGCAGUGGCUGUACUGCAACUAUAAAAAGAUGCCCACUGUCAAUAACAAUACUUCGUUGUGAUGUGGCAUUGAAAUGAUGUUCAAUAGGUAUGAAAGUGCCAGAAAAUAUUCCCAAUUUUAUGACACCGUUAACAGCUUGCAAUGGAAAUGUAAAAUUCUAGCCCACAUUCUAUUAUUUCUUCUAAUCAUUUGUUUAGGUUAUCACAUGCUCACGGAAGCCUCAACUUUGUAAGCUUAUCCUCUUCAAGGUUUGCUGAAAUUUGAGUUUAUAGAUGUCCUUUCGCACAUCACAUCUUUUGAAAACCCCAAUCUUAACUGCUCCUUUGUACAGUGUUUUAUCUAUUAAGCCUCCUCCAUAUAAUUUACAUGUUAAUAGCAGAUGUAUUGCACAAAAGGGCCAAUAUCUACAUAACAUAACUCAUAUACCAGAAUAGCACAAACAAUAUAUUUUAGUGUACUGUAUAAUACUACUAGGCAGGCCUAAAAGUCUUAUUUUUCUUCCCCAAUUCAUUCAGAGAUGAUACAGUAAACCAGGGCUUAACAAAUUUGUUUGGAAUCUAGGAGCCAGCUAAAAAAGUUAGGAGCCAGUUUUUUUUUUUUUUUUUAAAGCGGCACUAUAGUCACCAGAACCACUACAGUUUAAUGUAGUGGUUCUGGUGCCUUUAGCCUGUCCCUGUAGCCUUUUCAAUGUAAACGCUGCAUUUUCAGAGAAAAGGCAUUGUUUACAUUGCUGCCUACUAAGACCUCUAGUGAAAGCACUGUGUCAGUGCUCUGCAUGGACGUGCUGAAUGUUACCCAUACAGAAGACGCACAAUAUCCUCCCAAUGCUUUCCUAUUGGAAAGCAUUGGCUUAGCUGAGAUCAAAAAGAUUGAUGAACUUGGCAAUGGAGUCGGAACAAGCCAUGGCAAAACCUGCACAGCGUGGGGAAAAAGGGGUGAGUAAAAACACCAAUCGUGAUCGCAGGUACCUAAACAGACACACACACUGACAGAGGUAUACACACACACACUGACAGAGGCAUAGGCACACACACAGACAGAGGCAUAGGCACACAUACACUAACGGCAUACACACACUGACAGGGGCACACACACACUGACAGGGGCAUACACACACUGACAGGGGCACACAAGUACACACACUGACGGGCAUACACACACACAAACUGACAGAGGCAUACUGACAUACACACAUACACUUUCUCAAACACAAAUUAUUUUUUUACAUUUUUUAUCCACCCAGCCUCCCUACCUUUUGGGAGUGCUGAGUGAACGUUCCAUGGGGUCUAGUGGGGCUGCUCUCUUCCUGUGUGAGAGGGAGCAGUAAUCUACCAUGCAGCUCCUCUCUGCUCCUUGUGAUGCCGGGGCCGGAAUGAUGUCAUAUUCCGGUUCCCGGCAUCAUUAAACAGCGCGAGGGAGCAGAGAGGAGCUGCUCCCUCGCACGCUGCCCCAGCCGACCACCUCCCUAAAGCUCAGGACGACCUGCUACAAUGCUCACUUAGCCGGCCACCUCCACGAAGCUCCAGGGAGCAUGUAGGCGGCCGGCUAAGUGAGCGUUGUAGCCGGCCGCCUACAUGCUCCCGCUGGUGGACGGCCGACUCUGUUAUUUGCCCCGCCAGGCGUUUUAGAUAAAAAAAAGUUGACAAAUCCCAGGCGCCCUGGCAAACAUUUUAGACCUGGCGCCUGGGAUUUGUCGAGCCCUGCAGUAAACAGUAUCUCAAAUACAAAAGGAUAACCAUAUAUAGUUGCAUUGCAUAAUACAUCAGCAUAAUAUGCCAGACUCAAGCAAUAUUUUCUACUAGCUAUUGCGGAGUGAAAAAUCAGCCCUGAUAAAUAAAUAUUCACCCUUGUUAAAUAUGCCAUGGACUCUCCAGCAGUGGCAAGUAAAAUUUAGGCUUGUCUAGUAGUACAAGACUUGAAAUUUAGAGCCCUUACUACUUAAAAAUUUACAGAAUGUUGUGAGCAAACUCCUAUACAUCAGGAGUAGUAACCUCUGUUUUGAGCUGAAUUUUGUGACGUACUGUAAGAACAAAAUGCAGACUCAUUGACCUGAAAUAUAUUAGAGAUUCAUCCAUCAAUACAACAAGUCUGUCUGCAAUAUGCCCUUUCCCACUCCUUAUUCAUUUAAUGUUGAUAGGACCUGCUGUAGUCAAACGUAACUAAAUACUCGAUGACAUUUACCAAUCUAAAGCUUUCCUACAGCCUGCAGUGCGUUCGGAUGGUCUCUCUAAAAUCCUCUGAUAGCAUUUUACCCUCAUCAGAAGUGCGUCUAGUGGCAUUCUGAGCGACACCUACUACUAGAGGCAUUUAAACCUUGCAGUAAAAGCAGUGUAGUUCAGCUUGUGGGAUAUGACAAAACUUAAUGGUGGUAGCUCCGCUGUUUGUCAAGUUUUGUUAAGGCAUAGAUACAACAAAAAUUCUUGUUCUUGGGUGGAACAUUGGAUUAAAGAUAGAGUACAACGAGUUGUCAUUAAUGGUAAUUCUUCAAGCUGGACAAAAGUAGUAAGUUGUGUCCCUCAGGGUUCUGUUCUGGGACUGCUUCUUUUUAACAUAUUUAUAAAUUAUAUUGAAAGUCAUCUUUCAAUGUUUGCAGAGGACAAAAAACUCUGUAAAGUAAUAUUAUGUGAGCAGGAUAUGGCUGCUGCAGAGGGAUUUAGAUAGAUUGGGUGACUGGGCACUCAAAUGUCAGCUGAAAUUUAAUGUAGAAAAAUGCAAAGUUAUGCACUUCAGGCACAAACAACUUACACCCUAAAUGGUAGUGAAUUAGGGAUAGCACAUGAGAAGGAUUUUGGAAUUGUUAUAGACAACAAACUACGCAGCAAUAUGCAAUCUCAAUCUGCAGUUGCUAUGGCCAUUAAAGUAUUGCAGGGCUCGACAAAUCCCAGGUCGCCAUGGCGACUAAAUAUUUUGUCCUGGCGUCUGGGAUUGGUCAGCCCGAUCCCUCCUCCUCCUGUCUCAAUUCCCAUGCAGGGGAAUUGCAAGCUAACCUGGCAGGGUACCAGGUAAACACAGCUCUGCUCCCCGCCCCCAUGCCGCAUACCCGACCCUGCUCCCUGUCCGCCUCCUGCCCUCAUGCCGCAUACCCAACAUGCCCCCAUGCCGCAAAGCCGAUGGAACACCGGCAACCAGUCCUUUCCCCUGCAUGACCUCAGCUCCAGGAGGAAGUUAUUACAGUUCACUUCCUCCCGGUGCACAUUGAGAGCUGCUGAGACAGUGAAGAGGAGAAAGGAGGGAGUCUGGAACAGCGGCUGCCUACUCCCAUCAGCUGCAACCAGCCCCACUAACCUGUCACUUGCUGCUGCCUUAUCCCACUAGACUGGCCCCUAACUUUUUUAACUGGAUCCUAAAUUGAAAGCAAAUUUGUCAAACUCGGAAGUAUUGUCCUAUAAAAAAGGGCAUUAAUUUUAAAGGUAAAAAUAUAAUUUUGCCUCUUUAUAAAUCACUGGUAAGACCACACUUUGAAUAUACUGUGCCAUUUUGGGCACCUGUUGUAAAGAAGGAUAUUAUGGCACUAGAGAAAGUGCAGAGGCGGGCUACAAAAUUAGUAAGAGGAAUGGGACAUUUUAGCUAUGAAGAAAGGUUACAUGUAUAUUGGUUUAGUGUUGAAGAACGAUGCCUCAGAGGGGAUAUGAUAGCAUUAUAAAAAUAUAUUCAGGGCUAAUACAAACCAUUGUUUGGAAAUCUAUUCAUGAACUGGACUAUACAUAGAACACCAGGUCACACAUCUAGAGAUUAAGAAAUGAGAUCUAAUCUAAGGCAAUGGAAAGCUAAAAAACAAUAGGGAUGUGUAGUCCCAUACAUGAAGAGGUUUUAUUACAGCUUCUUGAUCCAAGGAGAAAUAUGACUGCCCUUGUCUUGUUGCAAAAUUGGAAAGCGCUUCAAAUGUUUUUGUUUUUUUUGCCUUCUUUGAGAUCAACAGCAAAAACAGAUGCCUUGAUGGCCACAUGUCUAUUUUUAGCCUAUGUAACUAUUUAACUGUAAGACAAAGUAUUGAACUCCUGUGAUAUAUUUUCAGUGUGUCGGAAUUUCAGUGAACUCCAGUCUAUGAGCAUUUCCUAAAAUAUUUGAUCCUUAUGAAAAGCUUAAUAUUUCUUUUUUGUAUGGGGUGGGGGAGUGACAGAGCCACUUAAAAUUAGCUUGACUUAAUUUUUGCUCUUUGCAUUGGGUGGAAAUAACCUCCCCCUUUCCCCAAAUGACAUUUUACUAGUAUAUUACUUGAUUGAAUAGCUAAGAAAAAAUUCUUACCUUGCUUUCCUAUUUUUCUUUUAGACAUGGCCUGCGUUGUUUUUUUUCUUGCCGUGGCAUUGCAUUGGCUGUGCAGUUUUUCUGGGACAGAGGACACCGCAAUAUCACAGUGUUUGUCCCCCACUGGAGAUUGAAGAAGGAUAAUAAAAUUAAAGGUAAAAAAAGCCCAAAUAUCGUAAGGUAGCAGUUAGGUCCAAAAAAGGCUAAACCCCAGUAUUAUAUAGUGGAACAAGAUGAGUGGAGCUGGGAAUAAUCAUGUUUGGGGAAGUGAGUUGUCCAGGUUGCAGUCCACAGUUUCCUAUACUCUUGUGAAAUCUCAUGUUGUAUCACCAAAACACAGCCAUUGUGAUACACUGUCAUAUUCUGGAGCCCAUGGUGUGUUAGUACACACAGUGCAAUUUUUAUUCCUUGAGUCAUAAAUACAGAUUUCAUUUAAGAAAGAUACAACACAUCACAUUUAAACCAAAAACUGUAUGAUUUUGAAAUAUGUGGGGAGUGACACUACUAAAAGAAGUGUAAAUUAAAGGAUCACUAUAGGGUCAGGAACACAAACAUGUAUUCCUGAGCCUAUUGUGUUAAAACCACCAUCUAGUCCCCAUACUCCCUCCUUACCUCCCUAAAUAUAUUAAAAUCUUACUCAAGUAGCUGCUGGUUCUGUCCCUGUCUGCUUCUGACCUGUCCUUGUCUGCUGACAUCAUCAAAGUGGUGGUCUGAGCCAAUCACAUUGCUUCCCCAUAGGAUUGGCUGACACCGUCAAGGAGGCAGAUAAGGGGCAGGGCCAGCACAAGUCAAACACAGCCCUGGCCAAUCAGCAUCUCCUUAUAGAAUUGAAUCAUCUCCAUGAGGAAAGUUCAGUGUCUGCAUGCAGAGGGUAGAGACACCGUAUGGCAGUGCUUGCACACCGUGCAGAACUGCCUCAGGAAACACCUAUAGCAGCCAUCUGAGGAUUGACCAGUAAAGUUAUCACUAGGCUGUAAUGUAAACACUUCAUUUUCUCUGAAAAUACAGUGUUUACUUCAAAAAGCCUAAAGGGAAUGAUUAAAAAAGCCUGAAGGGAAUGAAUAAACUCACCAGAACAAAUACAAUAAACUGUAGUUGUUCUGGUGACUAUAGUGUCUCUUUAAAAAAGUAACAAAAAACAAAACAAAACUACUGCAUAAUCCAGGAUAGUGAGUGCUGCAAGUAAAAUCUUCUUCCUGUGAUUCCUGCAUGCAUUCAUAUGAGCUGUGCUAGUGAAUAUUAGGACUUUAGGAGGGCUGGAAGAAAUAAAUUACUACCAUUGUAUACAGCAUUCAAUAAAAAUCUGAAUGAAUAAAAGAUAAAAUGCAAACUGUCAAAACUUGCACUGCCUUAACAAAUGACAGUUCCUCUUUAUGUAACCACAAACUGACAUAUAUUCAUUAUAUUGACUGUGUUUGUCUCCAAGCACACAUGAAUAUAACCCAAUAGGAAGAAAUAUACUUCCUUCUUAAAAAGCAGUGGGAGAAGAAUAGCAAUUUGCAUAGAACUUCCAAAAAGAUAAGCCUUGUAUUUUUGUGACAGGAAGUGAAACUAAUAGUGAAUAUGCUUACUGACAUGAAAAAUAAACAUUGUACAUUACUUUCUGGAACAAUAAUAAAAUUACUCUGGUGGUCUUUUUAUUUAUUUUUUUAAAAUCCCUUUGUAGCAAAUGGUUCAGCAAAAAAAUAUAUAUAUAUAUAUUUAUACCAUAGUUUGGGUAAACAUUAUAUCAAGAGUUACUUUGUUUAAUUUAUUUCGACAAUCCUUAUUUUGUUUUUAGUAUUUUAAACAAGUGUUAGAAAAUUUGGGGGGACGGGAGCCUUUGAAAAAUCAAACCUCUUGCAUAUGUGCACAAUGAAUUAUGAUAAAAUCAGUUCAGAAAUAAAUACAAUGAACGUUAAACGUAAACUAUAGUCACCAAAACAACUUUGAAGCAGUUUUGGUAUAUAGAUCAUGCCCCUGCAAUCUCACUGCUCAAUCUCAGUCUCUUCCUUAUAUGAUUUAAAUCAGUUUGUUUAUGCAGCACUAGUUACACCUCCCUGCAUGGGACUUACACAGCCUUCCUAAACACUUCCUGUACAGAGAGAUCUAAUGUUUACAUUUCCUUUAUUGCAAAUUCUGUUUAAUUUAUAAUUUCUUAUCUCCAGCUCUGUUAAUAGCUUGCGAGACCUUGCUGGAGCCUCCUGCACGUAAUUAAAGUUCAAUUUACAGAGCAGGAGAUAACUUUUAAAGAUUGAAAAUUAAAAAAAAAUUUCAUGCAGGCUGUGUACAGCCAAGGAAGUUGUGGCUAGGGUUGCAUAAACAGAAACAAAAGUAACAACUCCUAAAUGGAAGUGAAUUCAUUAGUCAGACUGCAGGGGCAUGAUCUAGCCCAGGGGUAGGAAAACUUUUAGUAGUACUGUGCCAAAAUAAGAGUUUGAAGUCUUUUGGUGUGCCGAUCCUCUUUUUUUAAAGUGAGGGGCAUAGGGUGCCGUAUUGUGCUUGUGUUAUUUAUAGGUGCUGCAGUUGCUUUGUAAUGUUGUAUGUGUGUGUCUGUGUGCUGUUAGAUCGUACAGUAUAUGUUCAUGAGUGGUUUGUGGAAUUGGAUAUGAUACCAGUGAAUAUGGGCUGUAUAUGGGGGCUGCUUGUGGAAUUGUGUGUCUGGAUGAUAUGUCACAUUGUGUGUAUGUGUGGGGCUGCUUGAGGUAUUGCAUGUGACAGUCUGCUUGUGGAGUUGUGUGUGUAUGUGGAUUUUCAGUGUUCUUGUGGUGAUUUGGUGUUUGUGUGUGGGCUGUUUGUAUUAUUUGUAUGAGGGUGCAGCUUCUUCUCCAGCUCUGUGUAUAUCUAGGAAUAUGGGUGGCUUCCCUGUGGUCCAGUGGGGAAUGGGCUGGCCAAAUAUAGAUCAAGGGCAGGAGCUGAAAUAACUUGUGUGGGCUGCUCUUCUCCAGUGUGGAUUCCCAUCCACAAGUUCUUGGAUGAAGUGAUCCAAGAUUACUUCCAAUAAGUGGUGCAAUGCAAAAAUUGAUACUUGCCCCUCACCACUCAGUUUGCACUAAGGAUUCCUGAUAGGCCAGAGCCGUCGUGCAAAGACACCUCGAGUGCCAUACACGGCACAUGUGCCAUAAGUUGCCUACCCCUGAUCUAGACAUUCAAACUGCUUCAUAAAGCUAAACAAAUUUUAUUACUAUAGUAUCCCUUUAACAGAGUACACCACUUUGACAAAUUCUGUAAAAAACAAAAAAGCAAAAAAAAAAACAGUUCCCAAAGAGAUAGACAGUGUCCUAAAUAGAUAAGACAAAUGCUUUAAUAGUAGUGUGAAGAAGAUAUGGGAAAGAGAGGAUUUGUUUUAAAUUACAUUCUGAAUGUAACUAGUAAAACAAAUAAACUAGUUAUCACCAGAAGCUGUUGCAAUAAAUAAUGUUUGGGUUACAUUUCCUGCCAAGAAAUUAAACUGUAAAAAUAGUACAUUUCACCUUAACGAGAAUUUCCAAGAUGUUAAACAUAUGGCUUUUACCUUUCUUUUCCUAAUGUAGAGCAGCAUUUCUUAACAGAGCUGAAUGAGGUUGGGCUUCUCUCUUUUACUCCAUCCAGACAAAUUGAGGGAAAAAAAAUCUGUUCUUAUGAUGACAGGUAAGAAUCAUUACUCAGUUUUGCAUAUUGAAUGAAAGCUGAUGCAUGCAUAGACAGAGAAAGAGAGCUAGCACUAUAUUUGUACACUCAAUUUUAAAGAAACACUAGGGUGACAAACUCACAUAUAUUCCUACUCUUCCUUUGCUCCAUGGGAACUGCUAUUUUAAAUAUGUGGUCUGAAGUACCUCUUACAAAAGCCUUCAUCAAUAAUCACAGUGCUUGCCUACACAUUAUGCUCCUCUUUAUAGGGGUUAUAGGGGCUCUACAUUUCAUUAUAAAAUGUGUCACUAUGAUAGGUGAUCACCAUUACCAUAGUGUUCACCUGUAGAUUAGAGGGUCAUAUAACUUCUUUGAAAUGAGGAGUCUCAUGCCCAUCUAAGACAAAAUAAGUGGGAGUCAGGGACUCUUUAAAAGCCACCAUCCCCAUCCAUAAAAUACUGUCCUAAUGAACAGUGAGCUAGAUGAUCAGUGUUUGUAAUGGUCAUGACCUGCAUCCUAAGAGGACAAGAUUCACCUCUUCUGGAAGGGCAAUUGAUAUUUCUAUUAAGGGGAAUUUUAUCCUUUUAGAUUAAACAAUGCUACCCUCCCGAAGGCAACAAUGCAGGUGGGACAUGUGACCCUUAUGAAAGGGCAGAAUAUCUUGCCCCUCUACGUGGUGACCCCUCAUCAUAGACUAUCUUAGAUAGUCAUAAAUGCAGCAUAGAUCACUAUCAUGCAGCAGAAGGAAGCGGGGUGGCUGCAGGGAGACCCCCACCGCAUGAUAUAAAACUUACAUUUUAAUCCCUGAUGGUGGGGGGUUGCAGAUGCCUAAAUAAGUGGAGUCAGAAUACAUGUUUGAAUGUUUGUAGAACCUAACGCUAUAAUGUGCCUUUAGGAUUAAGCAUAUGUCUGAUGUAAAUACAAUACUUUCCUAUGGGGUAUUGGGUGAUGCUGGAUGUCCUUAUGCAUAGCGUGAAGACAUCCAGUGUCAGUUAGGCGACCAAAAUUCGCCCAACAACCCGGACUUCCCUCUACUGGCUAGCCACUAGAGGUCGAGUUAACCCAUGUUAACUAAAAUGCAGUUAAUUAAAAUGAACUUCGACGAGCUGAAGUGUUCUAGGUGCCUUUAGUGUCCCUUUAAGGACCACAGCAAUGUUUGCAUUUUUGCUCUGUGUGUGUUCAACCGCAAUUUCCAUCUCUCAUAUACUGCACCAACACAUAUGAUAUACUGGUUUUUAAAUAGACUCAAAGGGCUUUAAUUUUAAAGUGACAUAUAAAUAUAUAAAUUCUUACUUGUUUUUAAAAAAUCCAAUUUUGGGAAAUAUAUGCAUAAUUAGUGCAGCUGAAGAAAGGUAAUUCUAAAUAAAAUAAUUUAUUUGUCCUGAUUUACAGUGUACAUAAUAUGUCUAGGAUUUCAGUUUAUUUUUGGUAAUUACAGAUCACAAAUAGAAGGAGUAAAAUAAAAUUUUAUUGUGGAAUGAUUUUAGGAUUUUAUAUUUGUCUUAUAAGUUUUAUAGCCAUCACAGAAAACAAACUUGCCACAAAGAAGUAUAGAAAUAUAUUAAGUAGACAUCACAAGCUAUUUACCGUUUGUUUUUUUCCACAUUAUUAUGUAGCCAUUUAACUGUCAAUCUCUGCUAAAUAUUGUAGUCAAAUUAUGUGGUUUUUUUUUAUACACAAAUAACAAGGAUAUUGUGUUCAGCUACAACUUUUGAUUACAACGAUACUCCAAAUGGAUGCCUGACACUAUCCUGUGAAGCUACAGCACCUUAUAAUAGAAUUUUUAUAGAUUUGUUUGAUUGGCCAAAAUGUUUCAUUCUGGGCCAUUAUACCAGUUUUAAUGUUGAAAUUACCCCCACAAAGGCCUGCUAUUUGGGAAAGUAGACACUCAAGGGUAUCUCAUAUUGUGUUUAUUGUGCCUUAGCGUGCUGACAUUUUUUCACCAGUUUAUGGGUUUUUUUGCAUUUUUUUAUAUGCUCAUUUCAAUUUAAUUUCAGAAAUCUGUUUUUUUUAACCCCUUAAGGACACAUGACAUGUGUGACAUGUCACGAUUCCCUUUUAUUCCAGAGGUUUGGUCCUUAAGGGGUUAAAGAUGGCUAGAUACAGGCAAAACAUUUUUAUUUUUUAUUUUUUUUAAAAAGGAGGUUCCAGGAUAUACCAGCAUAACAUCACAUCACAUAUAAUUCUGAUUGAUAGAGACUUCUCACUUUAAAGUAUUCAGGAAAUAGUCAUUUAACUGGUAGCAGUGCUAAGAAGAUAGCAAGACACAGACUAAAAAGAAAGUAGUAUCAUGAUAUUUCAGCAUAAUAGGCAGGGGUGAUAGCCAUUACAUGUCACCUAUAAUUCUGUCUGAUAGAGACAGCUUAUUUUUAAAUAUUAAGAAAAAUAGUACAUGCAUAUAUAUUCAGAUCAAGGCAAUACACAUCAACACAAGAUACUGAAAACAGAGCAUCUGCACGUUUUUUGUUGAUAAGGAAGACAGUCAUACAGUAGAUCAUAUUAGCUUACUAGGAACCACCGAGAUCGCACUGAGCUAGUCAUAGGUACACGUGAGUUUACUGCAUUAGUAAGAAGGAGAGGUAAAAAAAAAAAGAAUAAAAAGAAAAAAAGAAUCUGACUAAUAACAUAUACACUGGGAAGAUUCACAAGUGGUGGCAUUAAAGGUAAACAGGGUAAGAGUAAUACUGAUGAUUAUCCACUUGGAGGCCACACUUCUCAAAGAUAGAACAUAAAGCUGAAAAACCGAGGCACCAUGCACAGACAUGCAAAACAAACAAACUUGAGCCCCCGAGCAAAGAUGAGUCAGCCUAUGCCCCAGACAAUCUCUCUGCAGAUUGGCAUGAGUGGCGUUUAACAAAAACUGUGUUUUCCCAUAACACUUUAAAAAGUUCAGAGGAUCCCAUCUGAUUUGCAACCUUCCAGAAUGGCUGUCAAGCUCUGCCCCCUGAAAUCCAGUAUGUGCCACUAUGAUCAAACGCCCCCUAAUUAUGCUCAGCAAAGUCUUCUUAACAAGUCCAUAACCCCAAUGUCUUUGAAAAUAGAGGUGAAUGUAUAACCUACCUAUUGCAGUUUUUUUUUUCUUUUAGUGACACUUUUUACUUUUAAUUAAAUGUUGUAUUUCUAUGCUUUUUUUUUAAAUCUUUUGUAUCCCAUUGAAAUUAAAUCAUCUUAAAUAUACUUGUAAAUAUGAGUAAAACAAUACCUCAUAUGUAUACCUUUGCAAAGAAACAAUCUUCAUCUUAAUCCCAGUCUAAAUCCUAAACCAAACCCCAAUCCUAAAUCUAAUAAUAAAACUAACCUUAAUCCUAAACCAUACCCUAAAUCUAUGCCUAACCUUAAUUCACAAUCACCAGAUCCAGAGAGUAUAUCUUUAAAAUAAAUAAUUUGCUAGCAAUUCUUGGAGAGUUGAGUUUUCUUGUUUACUUAUAAUAAGACAAAUAAUAAUGUCCAAAAUUAAUCGUCAGGAGGGCAAUUGGAGUGAAAUAAUUAAUUUGCAGAAAUGCAAUGUUUAGUAGAGGGUUUCCAAAAUUAGUUGGAGCAGUAAUUAAUAACUACUGAAUUGACACAAGUAGCAACGUCUGCAAAUGUAUGGUAUAAGCCAGGGGUAGGCAACCUUUUAGCAGCACUGUGCCGAUAUAGGAUUGUGAUGUCCCGUAGCGUGCCGGUCUUAUUUUUUUUAAAUUGAGGUGUGUAUGCUGCCGUAUUCUGCUUGUGUUAUUUAUACUGUAAUUGCUUUGUAUUGUUGUAUUUGUGCGUAAAUGAGCUAUUAUAUUGUAUAUGUUCAGGAGUAGUUUGUGGUAUCGUGUAUGAUACCUAGGAAUGUGGGCUGUGUAUGGGGGCUGCUUGUGGAAUUGUGUGUGUGUGUGUGGAUGGAUAUGUCAAAUUGUGUGUAUGUGUGGGGGCUGUUUGGGGUAUUGCAUGUGAGAGGCUGUAUGUGGGGUUGUGUACGUGUAUGUGGAUUGUUAGCAGGUUACGUUUUUGCAUAUUGCUUGUAUGUUUGUUUGUGGGCUGUUCGUAUUAUUUGUAUGAGGGGAGGGUUAUUGUGCAUUUCUGUGUAUAUCUAGCAGUGUGGUUGGCUUCCCUGGGUUCCUGUGGGGACCAGGCUGGCCAGGUACAGGUCAAGGACAAGAGCGGCAACAGCAGCUGCAGGCUGCUCUACUUCAGUGUCGAUUCCCAUUCACACGUGCUGGGAGGAAGUGAUCUGAGAUCACUCACUCUGUGUGUUGCAAUGCAUAAAUUGAGAAUUGUCCUUCACCACCUUUUGGUAUUAGCAGAUAUCUGAAGUUUCACUGGGACUCCUGAUAGGCCAGAGCCUGUUUGGCUCUAGCAUCCUUGAGUGCCGUGCAAAAACACCUUGAGUGCCGUGCAUGGCACUAGUGCCGUAGGUUGCCUACCCCUGGUAUAAGCAAUUGGAUACAAGGAAUAGUCGUAACAAGCAGCAAGCGGAAGGGGAAUUGAAUCAAUAUAACAGAGCUGCAGGGUUGAUUAAAUGUAGCUUGUAUUAAAGGACCACUAUAGUGCCAAGAAAACAAACUCCCGCUGGGCUGAAGGGGGUAACACUCACCUUUCUCCAGCGCCGGCCUCCCUUGGCGCUGGGGAUUCUCCUCCUCCUUCGGUCGUCAUUGGCUGAAUGCGCAUGCGUGGCAAGAGCCGCCCACGCAUUCAGCCAGUCCAUAGGAAAGCAUUCUCAAUGCUUUCCUAUGGACGCUGGCCUCUUCUCACCGUGAAAAUCACAGUGAGAAGCGCGGAAGCGCCUCUAGCGGCUGUCAAUGAGACAGCCACUAGAGUCUGGAUUAACCCAUUUGUAAAUAUAGCAGUUUCUCUGAAACUGCUAUGUUUCCAGCAGGCAGGGUUAAUCCUAGAGGGACCUGGCAUCCAGACCACUUCAUUAAGCUGAAGUGGUCUGGGUGCCUAUAAUGGUCCUUUAUUAAUAUAAUUACUUGGAAUGCUUAGCGAAGUCCAGGCACUUGAGAAAGGUAGUCCGAGUCAAUGGAGUAGAGAGAUCAGCGUGGUCAGUUAGAAAUUCCAAGACAAAUUGUUGGACGGAGUAGAGACGUAAGUAGAGGAGUCCAGGUCAGGCAUGUAGAGAGCAGUGAGGUGAGGUCAGUAAUCAAUCCGGUUCGUUACACAGUAAUCAAGAAUAUAGUAGCUUAGUCAGCCACGAUCUGUAGGUAAGAACGAAAUUGUCUAAGCAUCUUACCUAAGGUGUGGUUCCCUUUUGAGAUACAGAGGAUAAGCGCCAUUAACGAAGGGCAGAGUCUGAGGAUGAGAGAAACCGUGAAGUAACUCAGAGGAAUUGGUUGCAAUUAAGAUCUUAUAGAGAUAAUUACUGUGGCUGAGCUUAACUGGUCAGCUGCAGAGUUCUCUAUUGAUGUAAAGGUCUAUAUGCAGUGCUGAUUUUUAGCACUGCUUGCAGCUCACUUGUCAGUCAGUGGCGACUAAAAUUAGCCUCAGCUGACAGAGGGGACACCCAGGUAUCUAUUGAUACCUGGGAUCCUAGUGUGAGCAGGGAUUAAAAUUACCCCAUUGAAAGAGCUGCAAAAUGAUCUCACUUUGAGCUCUGCCUGCAGGUCACCUGUCAGUCUGGGGACACUAAAAAUGACCCGAGCUGAUAUAAAAAAAUACCUGGGGUUCCUUGGUACCAGCAGAGAUUUAAUCCCUGCUGGUACUUUUAUUGCAUGACUGCCUAGGCUGCAACUGCAUGAUGGUGUAGACCUUUUAUUUAGAAGGCCUCUGAUUCACAGUUUACCUAGGUUAAUUUGGUAGAUUGUAGUGGAUAAUUAAGUGGACCUUCUCUCUGAAUUUCCCAGAUAUUUCUCGAAUGAUAUUCCUAGUGGGUAAACCUGACAGUCUCCAACAGAAAAAUUGCAGUUUGCUAAACAUUACAUGUUAAGCAGCAUGGCACGAAAUGACUUUGAACAAUUAUCUAUUUACUCUACAUUGUGCAGGACAAAUUGCUAGCAAAGGUACAAAUUAUUAUUUAGUUUUUAUUUUGAAUCUUAUCCUACCUUCUUACGGUGACAUCAAAUAAUUCACUUAUGUAAUUCUAGAUGUUGGGGAAUGCAGAAUUAAUGGGACACUAUACGCAACCAUACCACUUUAUCUCAAUGCAGUGAUGUAGGUGCCAUAUCCCUGCCUGUUUAACCCUGCUAAGAGUUGUAUCUGGUAAUGUACAAUGCUUUAUUUUUAGAUUAUUAAUGUAGCAUUGAUCAACCCAUUCCCUACAGGUUCAUGGUGAAGUUAGCGGAGAAAACAGAUGGUGUGAUUGUCACAAAUGAUAAUUUACGAGACAUUUAUGCUGAAUCCGAUGCCUGGAAAAAUAUCAUCAAGGACAGGUGAUGAUACUCUUAUGUCUAUUUUCUUCCUGUUUCUGUUCUCUCAGGUGUAAAAUACGAUUUAAAAAAAUAAAAUAAUAAUUAUUAUUUUGUUUUUAUUUUUUGUAACAAUGGAUAUCAUUGAACAUUACAGACUACUGCAGUACACAUUUGUGGGAGAUAUAUUUAUGGUGCCAGAUGACCCCUUAGGACGAAGUGGACCACCCUUGGACACGUUCCUCUGUAAAACUACUCGACAAAAGUAAGUAUUAUAUUUUAACUUUCAGCAAUAAUCUGUGACAUCUAUGUGUGUAAAUAUGAGUCUUUUUAACUUAAUCUUAAUUAAUUUAGAGGUAAAUCUAAAGGUCAUUCAUUUGCUGGUCGAAGGAUAUCUCGCAGCCCACCCAAAAAAUCAUCUCAGACUGAAGUCCUUAACUAUAGGGAUCGAAAACCCCCUCAUGGGCAUCGAGUGGAAAAAGAGACUGAUAUCCGUCCCAGAAAAGAAAAAGAAAGGCUCAGGCAUGAACUGCUGCAAAUUUUUCCUUCGCAACAUGCAAAGGUGGAUUUUGUCCUCCACCGGGAACCAUACCUGAAUGACCUCAAUAAACUCUCAGAACUUAUUGUUACACUCGAGUUUUGAACUACUUAACCGAAGGGACCGUGAUGAGAGGCAUCAUGUUUUUAUCACAAAAUAGAAAACAUUUCGUCCUUUCUCCCCGUACAUGAAAUUCAAGUUAUGUCAACAAAAAUGUUAAUGUGAAGAAUAACUGGGUCAGUCAUUCACCACAAGUGUCUUGAAAAAGAUAUUCAUAUAAACAUGCAGACUGGCAAAACAAUAUAAAACAGCUAAGACAAUAUAUGUCAUCUUAAAAUGCACUGAUCAACAGUUUAAAUGGUCUCCAAAGGAGUUGUUGGCUCCGAAUUAUAGUGUACAUAUUAUACAGCAACCAUUACUCACUUAAAUUACCCAAAAUUGAGCCAACAAACAGGUAAGAAGGCAUUACUUGUCAAACAGUACAGAAACCACUGUGAGCAAGUAGUACAGGGGGUUGUUCAAAUUUGAAUGAUUUCUAUAUUAAAUGGUUUUAUAAUUUUUAUAUUCCGAAGAAAAAAAAAAAGUUCUUAAAAUUGAUGAAAAACUCAUUGCAUCAAUUUGAUAAAAGGAUGAUUAAAUAAUGACAUGUCAGAAGUCUAUUUAUUACAAAAUAUGUUUUGUGUUUUGUUUUUUUUACUGGCCAUGUGAAGAGGUCCAAAGAACCAGUUAAUUUUAAUUGUAAUUAUUAAGUUUAUCGCGAGCUCAGAGACACUUACAAUGUUAUUCAAUAAAGUUAGAAUUGUGAACUUUCAGCCAAGAGAGCCAAAUUAGUAGCCAAAGAAAAAUGUCUUAACUUGGUUGUUUUUCCACAUUGGCUAUUUUUGGUCUGCAAUUUCUAAUUCCUUAUUUAAAAAGUAACCAUAUUUAUGUAAAAGGUAAAAUAUCUUUUUAAAUUGCAUAUUUCCUUUUUUUUCUGUUGAGGUGUUAUGUAUGUCUGUUCUGUGGUAUUUAAAAGUUUAAAGGGAGAAUCUAGUAGGGAGAAAAUACAGUUUAAUCAUAUGAUCUAAACAGGGCUGCACAAUUCAAGGCCUGGGCCCCUGGGGCUUGCUCCUGAGUCUGCCCAUAGUCGGUCCACAAGGAUAAGUAAGGUGGAUGCAGUGUGUGUAAAUAGUGGAUGCAAGGUGUAUGUGUAGAGUCCCCCGUGUACACUUCCAGGUUUGCAUCAGGCAGAGGCUAGCAUGGAAUGAUUGGUAAGUCAGUUUGUUUGUUUUUUUGCUAUAUAUUAUGGUUAUGACUGUAUCACUAUUAAUCUUGAGAAAGAGCUGAAAGGGGCGAAACAUUGAUUGGGACAGAUGUAAUUUUAUGUUGUGAAUAAAUACACUGCUUGUUUGGAA